GCGCGGGCCUCGGAGACGAGCCUUCAAUCUCCAUCCGUCAACACCGGCAGGAGAGAGCACGAGCGCGCAAGAGUCAAAACAUUUAUUUUUUAAUUUUUCUGCGUUGAAAUGUUCAUUUUUCUAGCUCCCAAACAGCUGUGAAUUACACGCAGAGCUGCUCAACCUGCUUUACUUUUCGCUAGAAAACAAUAAUUGCUCCUCCAUGUGGAUAUUUCUCGAACUCUGGAUCUCAUUGCUUUGACAUUUAACAGGAUUUUUGUAAACAAGGAGCCUGAGGAAGGAGCCGACCUUCACACCUGAACACCGGCAGAUCUGCACCUUUCUGUCCGUCCAGACUCCGGUCUCCCCCUCCGUGCUUCUAGCAUGAUGUCUUAUCUCAAACAGUCCCCGUACGGGAUGAACGGACUGGGCCUGAGCGGAACUGCCAUGGACCUGCUGCACCCAUCUGUGGGGUACCCAGGUAACCCACGGAAACAGCGUCGGGAGAGGACCACCUUCACCCGGACACAGCUGGACAUCCUGGAGUCGCUCUUCGCCAAGACGCGCUACCCGGACAUCUUCAUGAGGGAGGAGGUGGCGCUGAAAAUCAACUUGCCGGAGUCCAGAGUGCAGGUCUGGUUUAAGAACAGACGUGCCAAGUGUCGGCAGCAGCAGCAGAGCAGCAACAGCACCAAGGUGAAACCAAUGAAGAAGAAGUCGUCUCCGACAAGAGAGAGCACCGGUUCGGAGAGCAGCGGCCAGUUCACCCCACCAGCGGUGUCCAGCUCCUCCUCCUCUGCUUCCUCCUCUACCUCCUCAUCCUCUUCCUCCUCCUCUGUCUCCUCCGGCCUCGUUGGUCCUGGUCUGAUCAGCACCUCUACCUCCGUCACCGCCCCAGUGUCAUCUAUCUGGAGCCCGGCGCCCAUCUCUCCGGCCCCGGCGCCGGCUACGCUGCCCGAUCCUGCUGCCCCGACCAGUGCUUCCUGCAUGCAGCGCUCCGUGUCAUCUUCUGCCACCGGGGGAACGCCCUCCUACCCGGUGUCGUACAGCCAAACGGCAGCAGCGUACAGCCAGGGUUACCCAGCCUCUGCAUCAGGCUCUUAUUUUGGCGGUGUGGAGUGCGGCUCUUACCUGGCGCCCAUGCACUCCCAUCACCACCCGCACCACCCACACCAGCUCAGCCCCAUGACUGGCAGCUCCAUGUCGGGACACCCACACCACCACAUCGGCCAGACAUCAGGACACCACCAUCAUCACCAUCACCCAUCGCACCACCACCAGGCAUACAGCGCACCCGGCCUCACCUUCAACUCCACAGAUUGUCUGGAUUACAAAGAGCAGACGGCGCCUUCGGCCUGGAAACUCAACUUCAACACCUCCGACUGUUUGGACUACAAAGACCAGGCUUCAUGGCGUUUCCAAGUGCUGUGACUUCCUGUGUUUCUCUUCUUCUCUGCUUACAAAGAAGUAUUCUUUUUGUUGUUGGUGGUUUAUUUUUGAAGAUCUUUUAAACUAAUAGUAGAGACAUUUAAAAAAAAAAGUUUAUUUGUGAAUGAACUGAAACGAUGCACAGAAGCCUGAAGCCUGAGCAGCAGGUUGAGCUCUGUCGUUAUCAGUGGAUCAACUCGUCCAGGAUUAUUUUUCUACUCCAGAACUCGAGAUAAACUGACCCAGUUACAACUUUUGAAGGCCUUUAAUAGUAAAAUUUCAGUGGAACCUGCAAGACUGUGCGUGUCUGGGAUCGUUUCAGUGUUCAAUAAAUGAACUCCCAACUUGAUCUGGAUUAUUCUUCAAAGAAAAACAAUCAACUUUGACAGAAAUAACAUGAAAAGAAAUCACAAAUUAGACUCUUGAGUGGGCUUUUUCUAAAAACUUUUUUUCAGAAACAUGAUGCUGCUAUGAUUUUCAGGUUGCUGAUGUUCAUUUCUAUCUGAUUUCCAACUUGAAUCUUGUUCAGAAACUCGUCGUCCAGCCUGUGGGUGUUGUAUUUUGGAGAUUGAAUUGCAGCACUUGUUUAUAAGGUGAAAGAUUUUGCUAUUUGUUCUUUGCAGAGUAAAGAAAAUAAAAAAUGUGAACUAGACACGCAAUGUCAGUAUUCCAUUCAAAUUUGAAAGAUGUACAUUCGUGUCUUUAUAAUAAAGUCUUGUUAAAACAUGAGCAGUCCAAAGAAAAGUUUAUUUCCACAAUGAUCUAUUCAAGUCCGCUGAGUCCGCUGGCAUUUGUCUCAUCAACAGAGCAGCAAUCAGUAUAAACUAAUUAUACUGAACUGGUUUGACUGGUUUAACAGUGUGAACAGUGACACAGA